ACUUUAUUUUUGGAGCUCAGGAUUUGACCAAAGGUCCCAUCAGCAGGAAGAGAAUUCUGAAAGCUGAAUUUCAGCUGUAUAUACCCCCAAACUGAAACACUUUAUUCAAAUAUGGAAAUCAAUCCACUAGAGAGCAUUGUCCACAAGAAGCUUCCAGCUGGUCAAGGGAUAUAUCAGGUUAAGAUGGUUCUUUAUCAGGAUGCUGAGUUCUCCCAGCCCUUCAAUGGAAGUGUGAACAUGGAGCUAAACCAGCAGAUGUUCGUGGAAGUUCGUGUUGAGGGAGUUGACAGCCGUCAGUUUGCCACAGUGAUUGACAAAUUUUGGGCGACACCUGUGAAUGAUCCUCAUCACUCGAUCCGCUGGGACCUCAUCAGCAGAGAGUGUCCCAAUCCAAAUGACGACACAGUUGAGCUGCUGCAGAAUGGAGUCUCCACAUCCAGCCGUUUUUCCUUCAGGAUGUUUGUCUUCACUGCAAACUCCACUAAGGUUUACCUGCACUGUGCUGUUCACCUUUGCCUUCUGUCAGGAAAUCACUGCUCAACUCACUGUGACUCUGAACACCACUGGAGAGAGAGCAGGUCUGUGGAAAUCCAUGACAGUGCGUUCAUCUCCAUGGGUCCCCUGAUGUUGUCUGAAACGAACUAAGUGUUUUUUUUUUUUUUUUUUUCUAAUUCAGUUGUGUGAUGUAUUGUUGAAUAUUUUAAACAUUUACUAUAUCUCUGUUUAGAAUCUUUUACAUAUCAUAUUAUAUUUCUUGUUCAUGGGUAUUUUAUCCACGGCUCCAAGUAUGUGUGGUUCUUUGGUUGAUUAUAUUAUUUGUUUCUCAUUUUUUGUACAUGCAUGUCAUGUUUUACAUACAUCUCAUCUCUUUCUAAAUGAAUGUGAAAGCAAAUCAUUCCUUCUGCUCACCACCAGAGGGCCCCAUCAACUGAGUAUUGACUCUCUUUCCCCGGACUCCAUUUCCCAAAAUCCUCAUACCUGAUACUGAUUGCCUCCACACCUGUUCUCCAUCUACGGGUUUAUUUAAGGCACUCUCUCAAACUCAUACUUUGCAAAGUCUUGUCUUUGCCCUGGCUUACAUUACUGAGUGUUCUGUUGUUAUGUUUGCCUUGCCUGUGUUUGACCCUGGACUUUAUCCUGUUUUGACUCUUUGUUGCCUGCCUAUUGUUCCUGCUUCAUUUACCUGAAUAUAUCCUGUGAUUGCUUGCUGCCUGCCCUGAUCUUGUGCCUGUUUUAUGAAAUUGUCUCUGUUUUGAAUUGGAUACUAUUGCUGAUAAUCGACCCCUGCAAGUCUGCAUUACUGCUUUUACUAUUAAAGCUGCAAACGGAUACCAACUCCACUGAUUCAUCAUUACAGUGAUACUUUUAAAUGUUGUUUUAAUUACCAGUUCUUGGGUGUACUUAAAAUUCACUAUAUUAUACCCAUCCCGGCUAUUUUAAACCAGGCCUGCUAUAAGAGAAUGAGAGGGAAUCAGUUUUACAAAAUAUCCUCCUAGAUAAUGAUACAGUGUACAACUAAGUUUGAAAUAAAGGCAUAAAUGAACAAAUGGCAACUGAAGUUAUUUUUCCGAAGUAUAUUUAACCAUUUACACAAUAUAUUUACAUGGUUGCACAAAU